GUUGGUCAUUCUUUCCCAUUACCACUUUCGCCAUACCGCCGUAUCACACCACUCUUCUCACGCCUUCGAGGCUUCGCUUGAUAGUGUAUCCUAGCUGCUCUGUCUUACUCUAUCAGGAUCCCUGUCGUACGCAAGUCUCUCUACGGCGGCAAGAAGCGGAGCUAGACCCAAUAUGGAGGACCAUACCGAGGAGGCUCUUCCCUCGCCUCUCUGUCCCGAGCUUCCCUCCCAACCCCUUCUAGCUCACCUCACACAUGCUGCAUCUACCAUUCCUCGCUCCGCCCUUCCAGCAGGCAAAGGUCACUUGGUUCUAUCAGUCAUCUUUUCUCCUCCUCGUCCCACCAAGCAACUCUACCCAUGGGCUCACCUUGACGAGCCGCGAGAGGUAGCGCAAGGCUUUCGUCCUUUUCCUACUCAUACCGUACAGACGUGGGAAGAGAUGGUCUUCUUUCAUGCGGAGUGGAGGAGAGAUGAUGAGCAUGAGGAUGAUGCGAAGAUGAUCAUGGCUAUUGAGGGGUAUCACUACACCCUGCCAGAGCAUGCCAGUGCUGUCUUCUACCUUUCGAAAUUGGAUACCACUGGCUGGGGACCGAGACUGAACCACCCCAGCGUCCGACGACAGCUUGCGAGCUUUGAACUGCAAGGGAGGGACAGACAGGCAUCCCCCUCGACUUCGACUUCGACAUCGACAGGAGAGUCACAGCUGGACGUCAGCUCAAUCACUGGUCAUCUCACCGAGCAAUUCCUCGCCUAUUUCAUGUCCCUACGACACAUGCCUCGCCUAGCAGUCGAUUGUCUACCUCCCAGACACAUCUCUCUACACAUCCUCGCUCGAGCACAAGCGGCCUACAUCUUUCCCAACUCGCCCGACAAUCCGCUCAAGAAACCACUGGGAGAUGCAAAGCUCAUCGUCUGGUGGAGGCAGGUUCUUUCCAAAGUCGUCGAACUUGUGCGGCGAGCUGAGAGGCAAGAGUCGGAGCAGGGCAAGCGGAUAGACGCGUUCUAUAUGGUUCCGGGGAUGGACAAGCUGGAGAGUCACCCUUUGAUUGCUCUACCACACUUGUCGCACGAUGCAGCUGUCAAAAAGGUCGGGUGGAAGUAUGGGCACCCCUACACUGCUACGGGCGGAGGAUCAGAUCCGAGCUCUGCGGAUUUGCCGCCUUUACCUCUGUUCCCUGAUAGCUCAGCGAGGUCAGCUCAAUCGCAAGACCCGAAUCUGCCACCGGCGAAGAGCAGGUCGAUAGCGACCUUGAUGCCCCGCUUUGAAGACGACCCGCAGAGUCGCUUCCUGGACGAGUUGGCCAACGAGGGCCAAGAGUUUGCAGCCUUUGCCGACCUACUGAAGCGAAGUGACUCUGGAGCAAGUACGGCGACUGCAGUGUCCAACGGUGCUCCUGCCGCUGUUGCUAUGAGCAGUCGGAGCAGCAGCAGCACUACGAGCUCUAGCGCCCAUUCGAGCCAGACGAUCGUUGCGGAGGGGUCCGGUUCAGAGGAUGGACUUUCGGGAUGGAAGGGAGAGCGGAGCGGGUACGAGUCUUCCAGCCUGCCUCAAACCCCGUCAAAGAGGAUGAAGCGCACUCGCUCCGGAGCAGACUCACCUUACAACAUAGCCGAGGAUCUUCCCACUUCUCCAUCCCGUGGUGGAUCUCCAACACCAACACGAGCUUCACCUCGACUGAGGGAGAAGGAGGCGCAGCGCUCCCCAUCCAAGAGUCCUGUCAAGACAACAAGUAUUUCGACGCGAAUGAGUCCGACAAAGAUGCAUAGCCCGCGAAAGAGGUCACGGCUGGGUUCGUCUGCCUCGGCUACGGACUUGCCCUUUGCACCCGUGGCGAGCAAGUCCAAUGGGGAAGUCAAUGGUAGCCAUGUCACCUCGCUGCCAACAGCAGCCGCAAUGGUGGCGAGCACCAGCAACGGUAACGGCAAUGGCCAUGCCCACGGUCCCCGACUGACACAAGCUCAGCUCUCAUCACUGCGCUCCCGCCUGUCACUAGACUCAGUCAGCGCCGAUGAAUUCUGGAUGCGAAUGGGCUUCAGGCAAGAAUGCUCCAGCGGUUCCCUCGUAGGAUGUUUCUUCCUCGGAUUCACCAGACCCGCCGUCACCAACUCCUCCAGCUCAUCCGCUGCUCCUCCUCUUGGAGAAUCGCACCUCGUCCCACCCCAACCUCGUCCACGCUUCACGAUCCCCAUGCGCGAACUUCAACGCACCAUGCGCAACGAGCUUCAGCUGGACGACUGUAAUUGGCACUUACCCCGAGACAGUAUCGAGCUCACCCAAUACUUUGAUGAAGAACGUGGUCGUCUCCUCGCUCACGCCGGUCGCUUACACCCAGAGGAAAAAGAUGAAGAACGUCUCCGUUUACUCCGUGGAGCCAGAAGGACUCGAGCUACCGUCAAGGGAGAAUUGGUAGUGGAAGGUGGAGAAAAGAUGAAAAAGGUUUCAAAGAAGCAUGGAAAGAGGAAUAAUGCUGAUGAGGAUUGGAUUUGGAGAGUGGGAGAGGGAAUUGUCUGGAAUAGCGUUCCAUUGCUUGGAUUUUCUGAGGGGCAGGUAGAGGAGGCCAAGAGGAAGGUGGGAGAGAGUAAGAAUGCUGGAGGUGGAGGUGGGGAUGGAGCAAUGGGUGUAGGUGUCGGUGUGGGUGAGAGCGGGGAGAGCAAACCGGUGGUGACAAUGUUGAGUGUCAAGAGGAAGAAGAAGACGUAGCCCUUUCGAGCAUCAAGCAUCGAGCAUCGAUCAUCACAUAUGUACAAUUCUCCUUGAAGGCAGACGCAAAUCCUCAUUGUAUCAGACUGGUGAUCACCA